CCGGUUUGUAACGUGUACGGGACUUGUGUAUAACCACGGACUUUUAAAAUGGCCAUUCCGUGUCUGGGACAUUUGGCUGACGUCAAGCUCAUGAAUAUACAAAAAGUGGCUCCGUGACUGCAAAAAAAUCGGAAAUGAUCGACCUACAGACGGUAUAUACAAAAAAUGGCGACAGAUGACGUAGAUGUGAUGAAGAUCGGAGACGGUGAAAGGAGAGUCCGGAUUGUACACUUGUCCGAUACACACCUGUACCACGACCGGAGGUACCUACCACGACUUCCGGCCGGGGACGUGCUUGUCCAUUCUGGAGAUUUCUGCACCACAGACUGGUCACGCCUAGUCAAAACACCGGACUACGAUGGACAUAUCCAGCAAAUCAACGAGUUCUUCGGUAAAGUGCCUCACAAACAUAAGAUAUUUGUUGGUGGUAACCACGACAUGGCGAUCGCGGGCAGACGACAGGAAGAAAUUCAGCAGAGUCUUCCCCAAGUGACUUAUCUACAAGAUUCAGGUGUCAAUAUUGAGGGGAUUAAUUUUUACGGAUCGCCUUGGACGGCUUACAAAUGGACCUCUUAUAACCGAGCUUUCGUCCGAAAGUGGGGCAAGUUCGAACACCAUUGGGAUGCUAUUCCAAACGAAACUGAUGUAUUGGUGACGCACAUGCCCCCACAUGGUAUACGGGAUAUGGGCAGAGAGGGUUUUUCGCUUUUCGGGAGGAACAGGAGGGGUGCGUGCGAUGUCUGCUCUCUUACUCACGAUGGAAUGUGUCACCUUGGAUGUCCAAAACUCCGGAACACUGUAUUAAACAGAGUAAGACCCAAACUCCAUUGUUUCGGCCACAUGCACGGAAGUGCGGGACACCAGCAGAUCGAUGACACAACAUUCUCAAACGCCGCUCUCAAUAUUCAUGUGUUUGACUAUUAUGUAUGAUGGGCAUGACUAAGAACCACUUGUCAUGGGCGCGGCGGACGGACGCGUGUAAUGGGACACAUGUUAUAUAAAGUACGUGGCUGAGGUCUGCAUGUGAUGAGUAGCAUGGUUUCACAUGUACAUGUGAUGGACAGGUACCGCGUAAUUAGACACGUGGUCCCAAGGCGGAUACUACGUCAGUGUAAUGCGAGGCGUGGUUCCACCUUGUAAUUACAGAGUUGUGGGAACACAUGUGAUGGGCAUUACUGGAUACGUGUGGUGGGCAUGACUGGAUACGACGUGUGGUGGACAAGGAUAUGUACCACGUAUGGUGGACAAGGUUAUAUACCACGUGUGGUGGACAAGGUUAUAUACCCCGUGUGGUGGGCGUGACUGGAUACGACGUGUGGUGGGCAAGGCUAUGCACCACGUGUGGUGGGCGUGACUGGAUACGACGUAUGGUGGGCAAGGCUAUGUACCACGUGUGGUUGGCGUGACUGGAUACGACGUAUGGUGGACAAGGUUAUAUACCACAUGUGGUGGGCAAGGCUAUAUAACACGUGUGGUGGGCGUGACUGGAUACGACGUGUGGUGGGCAAGGCUAUGUACCACGUGUGGUGGGCGUGACUGGAUACGACGUAUGGUGGACAAGGUUAUAUAACACCUGUGGUGGGCGUGACUGGAUACGACGUAUGGUGGACAAGGUUAUAUACCACGUGUGGUGGGCAUGACUGGAUAUGACGUGUGGUGGACAAGGUUAUAUAACACGUGUGGUGGGCAUGACUGGAUAUGACGUGUGGUGGACAUGGUUAUAUACCACGUGUGGACGGCAUGACUGGAUAUGACGUGUGGUGGACAAUGUUAUGUAACACGUGUGGUGGGCAUGACUGGAUAUGACGUGUGGUUGACAAGGUUAUAUACCACGUGUGGUGGGCAUGACUGGAUAUGACGUGUGGUGGACAAGGUUAUAUACCACGUGUGGUGGGCAUGACUGGAUACCACGUGUGGUGGAUAAGGCUAUAUACCACGUGUGGUGGGCGUGACUUGAUACGACGUGUGGUGGGCACGGCUGGAUACGACGUGUGGUGGACAAGGAUAUAUACCACGUGUGGUGGGCAAGGCUAUAUAACACGUGUGGUUGGCGUGACUGGAUACGACGUAUGAUGGACAAGGCUAUAUACCACGUGUGGUGGGCGUGGUGGGAUAGUACGUGUCUUAGGCGUGACCUAUUUAUGUGUAUUGCAAAUAAUGCACAUUUUAACCAUUGUUUAUAACCAUUGUAAUGUACCUGAUGUAAUGUUUUGGCUCAUUUUUUUAGGUAUCAAUGAAGUUCUGAACUUUUCACCAGAGCAAGACCUAGGUCACUGUUGUAACAAGGCUUGCGUUAUCCACUAGUUUCAGAGACUCGCCCAAGUAAUUAAAAGUAUUGAAACUGGUAUAUAAUGUUAAUACAUUUAUUUUAUAACGUAUUAAAAUUAAUUUGACUUCAGAUAUUCUUCUUUCCUUUGAAAAUCUAAUCGAUAUAUUAGCAACACUAAUUGCUGGUGGCAUAUGUACACGAUUCUGAAAUUAAACAGGAAAUUUAGCAAACAGGAAUGGGCUCUAAUUCAAGCUUCUCACAAAGUUUAAACAUGAGCUUGCACUUAUAACUUGAAAUAUGAAAAUUAUCGCGAAAAGGGGAUUACAGACGUAAAAUAAAAUG